CAAAAAAUAAAAAUGAUUUAACAGAGAACAGUUGAUUGUAAUUGCUAGAUUAAGUAUGAUUAUUAACAACAGUUCGACGAAACAGUGAUUGGCAUUGUUAUAGCGAUCCGUAUAAUUAUGGACUAAUCAGAAAUGAAAUGCUUUUUCCCCUUUGCCAUCCGGGUGACAAGUAUUCCCUCCAGGAAAAUGUCAUACAGCCGGAUAUCUUGUUAAAAAAGAGCCUAGUUAGCAACUAAAGUGGAUAUUUAAGUGAACAGUGCAGUAGGUAGUUGUUUUAUCCUAAGCUUUACAACUUCCGCAACUCUAAAUCGCAUAUUACUCUUCUGUUUGAGCUUAACAAUACGAAUGAAUACAAUUCUUUGAGAUUACAGAGUAUUCAAAAGGGCUUUUUUAAAUUUGUGUGGCCGCUACGGAAAAUGGGGAACGUCUUUGGAAGUCAAGUCGAGACAGAUCCAGGAGAUAUUCGAAACAAAGAAAUUUUAGAGGCAAGGAAGCGUUAUCUUGACGAACAGUUCAAGCUAGAUGACGAAAAAGAAUUUGGAAAUGCGAAACCCGAUCCUUCUGGUGUCAAUCGUAAAUUGAGAAGAAUGCCAUCCAUUUUAAACGAGAUAGAAAAGAAAGCUAUGAGUAUCAAUCCAAAAGACCAUAGUUUCCCCUUUGAGAACCUUGUUUUUGAAGGGGGUGGUAGCAAAGGGCAUGCGUACUCGGGCGCUGUAAAAGCUUUGGAGGAACUUGGACUAGUCAGUCAGAUUAAAAGAUUUGCCGGGGCUAGCGCAGGCGCAAUGACAGCUUCUCUUUUGGCCGUGGGAUACGAUUCAAAAGAUCUCCAAGGCUUUUUAAGUCAAGAUUUGAGUUUAAUGUUAUUAGAUGCCAAGUUUGGAAUACUUAGUCUUCUGCCAAAUCUAUUGACCGGAUACGGUUGGAAUCCAGCUGCUAGACUCUACAACUGGUUCGGGGAACUGUUGGAAAAGAAGAUGGGCAACAAAGACGUAACCUUUUAUGAGCAUUAUAAAAAGACUGGACUAGAGCUUUGUAUCAUUGUGACUAAUGUUAACCAUAUGACAGAAGAAUAUUGUCAUGUAAAGACUACACCAGAUAUGCCAAUCAGAUUAGCUGUCCGGAUGUCUAUGGCAAUACCAGGACUGUUCCAAGCGACACACUACACAUACAAUGGAGAAACAAACACAUAUGUUGAUGGCGGAGUAAUUUGUAACUAUCCCAUCCAUUGCUUUGAUGGAUGGUGGCUCUCGAUGGAUUCAAAUGAUAGUUUCUUAGAAAAACUCCAACCUUUAGAUGAUCUACCACAAUUGCUUGACAAACGGCGAAGAUUUGCCCGUGACCAUAAAGAUCCAACAAAGACACUGGGUUUUUUACUGUACGCCGACUCUGAGACAGAUAUGUUCCGAUUUAUGUGUGAGAAGAGAAUAGGUGUUCAACUUGAUCCAAUUCCCAAUACUAAACUAGGAAGGAUAAAAAUAGAACAAAAAAGGGGUCAAGAAAAAGCUAAGCGAGAACAUAGACGGGUAAUGAUGGCAGUGGACGAGUUUUUGAAAGUUUUGAAGAAACACAAUUUGGAUAAAAACCACACAAUAAACAAGACUGAGCUAGAAGCUGCUUUUAAAUCUGACGACUUUUCUAAGACAAGCAGUGAAAUGCUUUUUGGAACAGAUUGUACAGUGCAGAAUGCCUUUGAUCUUCUGGACAGAGAUAAAAAUGGCGAGAUAAACUACCAAGAGUUGAUCAACUUUAUACAAGGCACAGGUAUAAAUUUACAACAGCGUUUUCUCGGCUACCAAAGGAAGGACAUUAGUGGAGUUUUCGAUUACUUUGGAACGAUUCAAAACGCCGUCUUAACGAACGUUCAACGGGCUUUUGUCAAUCCUCAAGACUUGGAUAGAACUGUGGGCAUCAACACUGGUCACGUGGGAACCUCUGAUUUUACAUUGGAAGAAGAAGACAGAAGCUUUGCCGUUGCUCAAGGUUACAAAUCGACUAUGACUUUUUUGAAAUACUUUGCCGCCAAAGAAGAACUUCUGAAGAAUGCUGACGAAUCACUUCGGAAACGAAUCCGAUCCCUGUCUACCAAUCGAGAGGAUGACGUCAAAGAAGAGGAUGAAAAUGAUGACGACACACAUGAUGACGUCAUUAAGGGAAACAAUGAGUAAGAUGAUAUGGUUGGUGCCCUUUCAUACGCCAGUGAUAUAGGUCCUAAUAGUAUGUAAAAUGACUACCAGAAAUGGAUCUUUGGUUUAGAAUUACGUUUAUACUUAUAUGGACAAUUUUGCUAUCGAAAUUAUUAUUUUAAUAUCUACCCAAUUUAUGCGAAUACGAUUUGAUUCUGGUCGUAACGCCUUCUUGGUUAGGUUAAACAAAUUAACUUAUAUCGUGUAACAUAACUUGCCUCAAGAUAUAAUCACAUGCUCUUAUUAACAUAUAACUUUAUUUAAUUGACUGUAUGUACAUGUAAUAUUAUCCACUUCCAUCAUUUUAACUUGUGUGUUGCCAUAAGCGUGCAAUUAAUUGUUUAUUAAUAAUUGUUAAUUCAAUUAGUUUAUAUCAAACCAUAUAGCAUGUUCGCUGAUUAAAGGAAAUAAAGAAAAAAAUAAAA